ACCGCGAAUUCCUAGGGUUUUUGCUCUAAUCUCAAAAUAGUAAUACUACUCCAAAACCCCAAUUCAGAUUUCAGUUAAUCAUCUCAAAAUGAACCAAAUCUCCUAUUUUCGGCCCCUGCUCAGAGAAUCCAUCGAUCGGUUUUUAUCCGAACGUCGAAACGGCGAGAGGAAUUUCUGCAAUUUUACCUCGAUUUUCUGUCGUUUACUGCAAAGCUUACCCGAUCCACCGCUUGAAAUUGUGUGGUUUUACUCGGCUUUGACAUUUCAUUCUUUGGAGUUUAGUGAUCAAGAGUAUUCUAAGCCAGUCUUGGUUGUUAAAGAAUUGUUUCAGUUGAUAGUUUCUUGUUCUGAUUCGUGUAAUGUGAAUCAAAAGAUGGCUACACUUGCUCCGGUCAUGUGCGAGUUGUACCGUUUGGUUGUGUUUGACAAAAAGGAGCUGAGGGGAGAGAUUGAGGAUUUAUUGGAGGGGAUUGUCGGUUAUAUUAGCAUUUGUUGUGGUACCCAUUUUGAGGAAGAAGGUGAGCUGGAAAGUUUGAGCUCAUGUUUUGAGGAUUUGGUGCGCGUGUGGAUGGUUAAGAGAGUUGGAGAAAACUGCGACACGGGGAAGGUUAUGAGGGCAUUUUUCCCGCUUUUAGGGGAUGGGGUUCUUGGAAGGGUUUGUGAGGGAUGUGAGGUGGGUUACCUGGCUGGAACUAUUAUGACUGAGGCGUUUUUGUUGAGAUUGUGCUUGAAAUUUGGAUCGUUUACUUUGAGAACUGAGAUUGAGGAAGAACUGCGCAACAAUGUGGUUCAAAUGAUCAAUGGUUUUCGGAAUGUUUACUUCUUUGAUACCAUUCUGAGAAUGCUGUUGGAGCCGAUGUUGCCUGUCACCUCCCUACUGAGCAUUGAGGAUGAGGUUUUUUUGAGAGAGGUCUUAUAUGAUGCUGUGAUAAUGGCUGAGUAUUCAUUCCUCGACCUUCAAGGGGGAGUUGAACUACCUAGCAAACACUUGAAAAGUCUUGCUGUGACAUGGUUGUUAGUUGCUGACAAUGCCAUACGAUUUGCCAGGAUUGGCUGUAGGGAAAUUGGUGACCAGACCAAGGUCAUUUCCUAUAUGGAUGCGUUCUGUGAAUCUCGCUUAUCCUCACAGUUAAGCAAGUGGAUCAUUGGUCAGACUGGUAUUUGUGGCCAAUCAAGCAAACCAACUAUUGGCACUCCUAUAGCUCUCAUUAGGUGGAUACUAAAUGUUGAAAAGCAAGGUAUUAAGGUGUUCGAUUGUGACACCUACAAGAUUUAUGCAGAAUCCAUAAUUCGUAAAUCAAGAAAAGGUUAUGAGCUUCCAGCAAUUAGGUCAGAUGGUGAGAACUUGAGAGAAGAUUACUUCUUGUACUCUGAAAAUGAGAGUGAAGAGGAUGAUAAACUUGAUGACGAUACAAACAUGGUUGAUUCAAUGGAUGUUGCAUUAUCCACAGCUUCUGGCUUGAUAUCAUCAGGAGCAAUUGACGAUACAAGAAAACGUAAAGAAGAGAGAAUGAAUGACAGUGGUAGAGAGGUUAAGUUCACCAGGUAUGAAAUUCAGGAGUACUCGGUGAGGUAGAUUAUCCAGCCUCAGGUGAAGACAAUACACUGUAUGAAUAGGUUUUGAUAGACUCCAUAAUGUGCAAUUUUCUUUUGGGAUAACAAUCUCUACAACCACAGAACAGCAGAGGCACUUUUUGUACUGCAGCCUGAUUUACAGCAGUUGAAUGCUUAUCCUUCUUCCCUUGAUAGUUGAUAGAAGCUUAACAGAUGGGAAGUUUUAGUAAUUAGCUUGGCAUUUAUAGAAGAUGUACCAUUGAAGCUUGGAUGGACAAUGUUAAGUACUCAAUUCUAUCCUGUAUGCUUUCCAUUACUAACUGAACUCUUGUUCUCUUCUCAAUGCUAUCCUAUCCUCUUUUUCAUUAGCCUUGA